AAUACCCCUGCAAGUCGCGUGUCUUUCUUACCUUCGCGUAUAAUUCUAUUCUACUUCGUACCUACAAUUUGUAACUAUUCACAAAUUAUGUACCUAGGUAGUUUAGCUACAGAUUUCCAACCCCCCUCAAUAAAACUAGGUACCUACACAUCUAUUCAGACUAUAACCAAAACACAAAAACACAAAUAACAAUGUCCCACCUCAAAACCCCCUCCCAAGCCGCCAUCUUCUCCCCCUCCGUCGCCCGCGCCGCCGCGUCCACCGCCAAGGACUGGAGCUACGUCGACAGCUGGCUGCGCAGCAAGUACAGCACCAGCAACGGCAGCAGCAGGAUCCCCCCCUUUGAGCGCAACCCCGACACCCUGCGCGCCCUGCUCGCCCUCGCCGCCGCCAACGAGGCCGCCGACGAGGACCGCGACCAGCUCGCCCGCGUCGAGGAGGCCGCCCUCGAGGACGUGCGGGCCAGCGAGCAGGCGAGGCGGGAGCGGCGCCGGGAGGAGGAGGAGAAGGAAGAAGAAGAGUUCCCGAGAGACAAGAAGGCCGGCGGCCUGCCCACCGGGGAAUCCCUAGCCGCAGACCUCCUCGCCGCCCUGGAAGCUCGCCUGUCCAGGGAAGGGUCCACGGCCCUCGAUGCCAUGGCCAACAUGGCCGUGGACCUGGGUGUUGCGCAGCCGACGCCCGAGAGCCUAGGCGCCGCCUUCGUGGACCUGCAAGGGCGGGCCUCGGAGCUCGAGGAUGCGUCCGAGCGUGUAGACCUGUUGCGACGGUACCUGGACCGCGAAUCCACCCGCAUAGAGGCGUUUUUGGAGGACCUCCGGCACGGUGACGAGUACCAGCUGGCGCCCGACCUGGCCAAGCAGAACCUGGAGCUGCAGCGCCAGAUCAAGGGUACAGAGACCAAGCUGCCCGAGCUCCAGCAGCAGGUCAUUUCCCUCGAGAAGUCAGUCGGGAUACCAACUCUCACCGUCGAAGAUGUCCAGAAGGAUGAAGAGGCCUAUCUUGAGUUAUUGGCGAGGAAGAAGAACCUGGAUGUCCAGGUCAAGGCGUUUGCCGGUCUGUCCCCCGAUAUCGAGGCCGCUCGUGUCCAGUUGGAAAUUCUCCGCACUGAACUUCGAGAGGCAACCGAACAGCGCGAUACGAAUUUUGAGAAGUUAGUGGAGCGAGAAAGCCCGGUUAAGACCAGGAGGAGACUAUGAUGGGGAAAAGCGCUGCGCAAUACAGGUUGUAUGCACGACAUUAAUAUUAUAGCUUCGUUCGUUAUACUCUGGGUAUUCCCGCUACACGAUAAACGAUACUUAGUACAAAACCAAUCAGAAUUCCACCCGCA